UUCUUUUUUCUCCAUCUUCUCCGCUGAGCCCCUCUCUCAUUCUCUUUCUAGAAUUCUCUAAAAUAAUCAUUUUUGAAUCAAUCCAUUACAAGAACCCUUUCCUCUAAAAUGCGCAUGCUCCUCUCUUGAGUCUUCACUUCUUAUCCUUAACCUACUACUCUCUAUCCAAAUCUUCUCUAAAUCUCUUCUUCUUCCAGAUACCUAAUUUUCUAUCCAUAUUUAUUGGUUUUUUCAUAGAUGGCGAAUAGGGUAUCGAGAAAUCUAGGGUUUUUCUGGUUUUUCUGUUAUGGGGUAUUGGUUUUGUGUUGUGAAUCGUCGGUGGGUUCUUUGGAUAAUGAUGUUUGUCCUGUAAUAUCAAUGAAAGAUUCAAUCUUGAAGGCUGCAGAUAUAUGUGUUGACUUCGAUUUCGAUUUUGCUACACAAAUUGAUCUCGUUAUUGAGGGGAAUGAUGUUUCAUUGAAGAAGGCACUUAAUGUUGUUCAGAAGAAUGGUGAUGGCUAUGUAGCUGUACUCUUUUACGCAUCUUGGUGUCCUUUCUCUAGAAGUAUUAGGCCAACAUUUUCUGCCUUGUCUUCCUUGUAUCCGUCCAUCCAGCAUCUUGCAAUUGAAGAAUCUGCUGUCAUGCCAAGCGUACUCUCCAUUUAUGGAGUUCAUGGAUUCCCUACCCUUUUUCUAUUUAAUUCAACCAUGCGGAUGCGGUAUCAUGGUCCACGAUCUCUCAGUUUUCUUGUUGAUCUCUAUUCUCAUGUCACUGGAAUGAAGUCUGUGUUGCUAGAUGAAACAUCUUGGGAGAAACUUGAUGACCCUUCAGUUCUUGUGAAAUUGGAGGACACCAAAGAAGAAAGUUACAGAUUCUCAUGGAUAAAGUCCCCAGAGAAAUUACUUAACGAGGAGAAAUAUCUGGCACUGACCUCUGUUUUUGUCGUACUUAGAUUGGUUUACUUUUUUCUUCCAUCACUACUCGCAUGUGUGUCUACUGCCUGGAGAAGGCUUAUCCUGAACACGAGAAUAGUUAGCUUGUGGGAAUAUCCUUCUACGUUGUUCAGUCAAGCAAUGCAGAUUUUCAGAACUUUGAAAGAGCCUUGUAAGAGGAGAAGCAAUUUGCAGGAGAGGGCAAUACAUGCCAGAACUUGGGCACGUAAAUCCUUUGCUUCUGUUUCCAUCAGUGAUGCUGCUGCAAGCUCGAGUCGUGUGAGUGAAAUCCGAUAGUACGUUCCUGAUCUCUUCCAUAUCCGCAGCAACAAGACUGAUCUGUGUUACCCCGUGAAAGAAAGAACUGGCGACGAGGAUAGAAAGCCUUCCCCAUGCAAAAGCUGCUUUCAUGAAAACAAAAACGAAGAGCGAAUAAAGUUGCCCUAACUGUAAGCAGUGUUCACAAUACCGUGUCCUUUCUUCUGAUAGUGUUGUUCAUAUAUUAAAAGAAAUAGUGAACUCAUAUUUUGCUGAUCAUGCUGCGGCUGUUCAUAUUGUUAACUCAGUGUAUCUCAUAUAUUGUCAGGCAUGAAUUUUUGCUGUUUAAAUUUUUACAAAAAUGAGUUAUGCAUGUCUUGAAAUGUAGAGUCCAAA